AGAAGAAAGGAAAGAAAAAAGGACGGAGGGAAAGAAAAAAGGAAGGGAGGGAUGAAAGAAAAGCAAGAGAAUCAUUGUUGAACCUUGUCGAUUCUAGCAAAAAGUUAGCACUCAUCUGUGGAUACUAAUUGGGAGGAAGAGAAAAAUCCAUUGACAUCUUUAAGAGAUGAAUUUCCGUAACAAAUGUAAUGUUUAAUGAUUAUUUAUCAGUGUGAUUCAUUUUAUUUUUACCAGUUAUAUACUACUAGUAAUGUUAAUAAUUCAAUAAAAAAAUAAAAGCCUAUGGUCAGGAAAUGUAAAUUUCCAUUUAUAUGAUAAGGUGAUCAAUAUAACUUUGAAGCAGGAAAACAUUACCUAUGGGGAUAUGAGUUUAAGGAGAGAAAGAAAUGAUGUACACUUUGUGAUUCUCAAAAGAAGCUUACUUAAAAAAAAAAAGAUUGUUGGUUUCAAAUUGCUGUAGUUUUUAGAUUCCUUUGGAUAUGUCUUACUUGUGUCAAUAUUUAUAAUUGCUGGAAAUUACAUCCUUUUCAACUACUUAGACAUGUAAUGAAACAUUUUAGACAGCAGCUUGGUGUGCAAUUGGGAGUGGGGAAUGGGGAGGAGGAGGAGGGGGCCUGUUUGCAGGCCUCAGGGCGGCAUCCAGUUUUGUAAAAGAACCCCCAUGGAGGCCGCCAGCUGUAGACAAAACAGUCUCCAUCUCUUGACAGUAUUUGAGACCUUGCACAAAAAACUCUCCUUGUCUCAAUUUAGCUGAUUCUUAAAACUGGGAGACCACAACCUUGCUGGGUUGUUGCAAACAGAGAUAAAUAUCAAAAACCGCAAACCAUCUGGUACGCAAGAAAGAGGCGCGGUGUGCUUGUGUGCUGGGAUAGGCACUGGAGUCCCGACCUACGACAAAGUAACUCCAAACUCCCUGGCCCUGGACCCAACUUCUGGGUGGACUGCGUAGACCCCUCCUCUCGCAGCUUGCUCCCGGAGCCCCGCCUGCGUUUUCCCGGGCGGCUCCGCCCCGGCGGUCCGGAAGCGGGGCGGUCCGGGGACCCAGAUUCCCCCGGGACGCUUCCCAACCUGCGGAAUCGGCUGAACAGGUAUGCUGCGGGCGGGACGCCCCGGAUCCUAAUCCCGAGCUGUCCCCGGAGCUCCGGGAGCCGCGGGGAAAGGGACGAGCCCCUGCGGGGUAGAUAGGGUCUGCAGGGGAGCCAUCCGAAGUCCCGGGCCCGCGUCAGUCUCCGUGGCAACGUGCGACACGCCGCGCUCGGGCCAGCGCGCAAACUCUGCGCAAGCUCGGCCGCCCACCCGGCGGCCGCCUCCCGGGGUGCUUCUAAGGGAGAAGGCUUGUCCCGAGAGCUGGGGGCUUCCACCCACUGGUGCUGUCUGGGCGGUGGGUCGCCGUCACUCAGGAAUUGGGAAAGUGAAGUUUUCAGAGAUUAAGUGACUUCCCCAAGAUCACAACACUACACUGUAUCAAAGCUGAGUCUGACCUGAGAUUCUACCAAAAAGCAGUUUCACUUUGGUUGUCUCCUGUGGCCACAAGGAAAGUUAUUUGACUGUCUCGGUGAGGAGCCACCGUGCAUUCGAGACAAUGGAUACAUAUGAUGUGAUUAAGGCCAUUGGGGAAGGUGCCUUCGGGAAAGCAUUCUUGGCUAAAAGGACGUCGGAUAGCAAGCACUGUGUUAUAAAGGAGAUAGAUUUUGCAAAGAUGCCCACCCAAGAAAAAGAAGCAUCAACGAAAGAAGUCGUUCUCCUAGCAAAGAUGAAGCAUCCCAACAUCGUAACCUUCUUCAGUUCGUUUCAAGAGAACAAUAGGCUGUUUAUUGUGAUGGAGUAUUGUGACGGAGGGGAUCUCAUGAAAAGGAUCCAUAGACAACGGGGAGUGUUAUUUAGUGAAGAUCAGAUUCUGAGUUGGUUUGUACAGAUUUCUCUAGGACUAAAAUAUAUUCACGACAGGAAGAUCUUACACAGGGACAUAAAAGCACAGAACAUUUUUCUUAGCAAGAAUGGAAUGGUUGCAAAGCUCGGGGACUUCGGGAUAGCAAGAGUUCUGAACAAUUCCAUGGAACUUGCUAGAACUUGUAUUGGAACACCUUACUACCUGUCCCCAGAGAUCUGUCAGAAUAAACCCUACAACAAUAAAACGGAUAUUUGGUCUCUUGGCUGUGUCUUAUAUGAGCUUUGCACACUCAAGCAUCCGUUUGAGGGUAACAACUUACACCAGCUGGUUCUGAAGAUUUGUCAAGCACAUUUUGCCCCAAUAUCCCCGAGGUUUUCCCAUGACCUGCAGGCCUUGAUAUCUCAGCUCUUCGAAGUCUCUCCCCGAGAUCGGCCAUCUAUUAAUUCCAUUUUGAAAAGGCCAUUUUUAGAGAAUCUUAUUGCCAGAUACUUGACUCCUGAGGUCAUGCACGAGGAAUUCAAUCACAGCAUCACUCAUAAAGCAAGAUCAUUGGCUUCUCAACCUCCAGGGAAGGGGAUCCAAGAUUCUAAACUACAGAAAGCGAGAUUCCAGGCAAAGUGCCUACCAAGAUCAAGGAUAUCGGUGCCUGUUAAAAGGAAGGAAAUAUUACAUAGAAAUGAAUGGAGACCACCAGCUGGAGCCCAGAAGCCCAUAGCCAUAAAAAUGGUAGAAAGGCCCAAACUUCCUGCACUCUGUGGUCAUUAUGAUUAUUAUUAUGCUCAACUUGACGUGUUGCGGAAGAGAACUCAUGAACCAAGUUACCACUGUGUUCCUCCAAAAGAUUCUGGAGUGGAGGAGAAUUAUAAACAGGAAGAAAGCCACAGUCCAUCACCAGGUCAAUGGCCUGCUGAAUACCUUCAGAGGAGAUUUGAAGCUCAACAGUAUAAGCUGAAAGUGGAAAAGCAGUUGGGUCUUCGUCCAUCUUCUGCUGAGCCAAAUCACAACCAGAAACAAGAGCUAAGAAGUAAUGGAGAAGAGUCUAGAUUCCAGGAGCUGCAGAUCAGGAGAAACAAAAUGAAGGAACAGGAGUAUUGGAAGCAGCUAGAGGAAAUACGCCAACAGUACCACAAUGACAUGAAGGAAAUUAGAAAGAAGAUGGGGAGUGAACUAGAGGAGGACUCAAAAAUAGGUUAUAAAACCUAUUUAGUGAAGAAAAGUGACCUGCCCAUCCCCCAAGAAGCACCUCAGGAAGAAGCUCCUGUACAGGAUAUUGAAAGAGACUUGAAACAAAUUAGAGUUCAGACCAUAAAGGAAAGUAACAUUCCAGAACAGAACUGUAAAGCUAAGAGAGGAGUGAAAUUUGAAAUUAGUUUAAACCAAUGUAUUUCUGAUGAAAAAACCCUCCAAGAGGAAGAGGUGACGGAUGUGCGAAAUGAAACUUUGACCUUUGAGGAUGACAUGAAGCUUAAGAAGUAUGAAGAUUGUACAGACAAAGCAUUUGAAAAACUCUGUUGUCCAGAAGCAGAGUUGUUCAUUCAAGAUACUGGUGCUGCUGCAGAGAACAGGAGACAGUGGGACGCACGAGCUCCUCAGACUCUCCUGGCGAUGAUGGCAGCGGGUGACAUGACCUCCACCUGUUCCACUCUGCUGGGCGGGGAAUCUACACUCGUUCAGUGUGGCCAAGGGAUUGUGACUGAAGGCGUUCCAGAAAAUAGGAAACAGUGGCGGCACGAAGUGCCAGGAGCUUUAAUGAACGCUUUGGCUGCAGCACGUCUAACAAGUAGCUCAUUUUCUGCCAACAAAGAAGAAUUGGUGGGAACAUUAAAACAGUGGCUUCCUAGAGAAGAUGAGGGAAAUGUGGGAAUGGCCCCUGGCAUUGAAGUAGAUGAGGAACAACCAAGAUCGGACGAUGAUGAUACAAAUUUUGAAGAAUCUGAAGAUGAGUUGAGAAAUGAAGUAAUAGAAUCCCUAGAAAAACUUGCUACUUCUAAAGAGGAAGAAAACAGAGAAGAGUCUCCUGGUUUUUCUAAGGGUGCUGGAAAGUUAGGAGGAGAGGAGAUAAGCAUACAGAAAUAUGCAGAAUUCAGUGAAGGUUUAGAGAAUAUUUCUACUCGAUCUAGUGACAAAGUAUGCAUUGCUGAUGAAAACCAAGAAACAUCAACAACCCAUCAAAAUGUACAAGUGUGAUUAUUGUACUUUUUCUUAAGUG